AGCCACCGUUUGGUGUUUUGUUGAAACAAAUAUUUGGAAGUAGUUGCAAAGGCAUAAUGGAUGCGGCCAAUUUAUUGAAUCUGGACGUGAACACGCUGUUCGAGCAGCACAGUGUGCCGGAGAUCGACAUCGUUCACAAGAAAAUCCAGUCGGUUGUCGAAAACAAGCGGGAGGAGCUGCGCUUGAUGGUUGGCGAACGUUAUCGCGAUUUGCUGCAGGCUGCCGAUACUAUUGUGGCGAUGAAAGACUCCAGUGCGAAGCUUAUUGAACAGGUGGAAUCCAUUACUAAGAAUUGUCGCAAACUUAACGAGCAGCAACUGUUGGGCUUCAAGACAAGUGCACCCGAAGACUUGAUGCGAAAUCGCAAUGCAAAUAAGCAGCUGAGUAAUUACUUCAAUACUAUGGUGCAGAUCAAGCUGUUGACUGCGUUGCCCGAAUUAAUAUGGACGCACAUUGAUGAGAAGCGUUUCUACACGGCCAGUGAGUUGUUCAUUUUUAGCAGGCACAUAAGCACGGGGUUGCAGCUGGAUGCGAACAACUCAUUGAUGCAACAUCUGCCCGUAGCCAAAAAGCAGUGGGAAAUAUUAAAACCAUUCAAUGUGACAAUAAAACACCACGUUUUGGCCGCUUUGGAACGCGAAGAUCUGAGCAUCGAUGUGGCCGUCGAUUGUUUACUCAGCUUGUUGCUAUUAGAAAAGAAUACUUUGAACGGAGUUUUUAAUUAUUUUCUCAAUUUGCGCUGCACGGCGUUCCUCAGUUGCUUGAGCGAAACCAAGCAAAGUGGGAAUGAAGAGCGAAGACGUGUGAAAGAUCGGAUAUUAGCAAGCUUGCGGAUACUAAACAGCACCGUUGAUCUGAUGGCCAAAUGCUUCUUAGAAAAUGGCUUGCUGCUGCAAAAGUUGGCUGAGCUCAGAGACCUAAAUGCACCGCCUACAAUAACGUUAAUGCACCAAACUGAUGCGCAGUUUUCCUAUUUGCUGCCGGAAAUAAUUUCGAAUUUUCGCCCGAAGAUCGCUGCACAAACAUUGGACGAGACACAGGUGCGUGCUACGCUUGAACAAUGGCUGGUGGAUACCAGACGCAUUGCCAGCACGCAACUGAAGCAACUUUUUGAUUUCGUCUCGACAAUGAGUACCAUCAAAGAACUAAAAACAGAAGCAAAUGCCUGCAGAAAACAUCUGAAUUUCGAGCAAAUUGUUACGAAACUGCAGCUCUCGCAAACACUAGACUUCUUCGAGCUAAAAUACAUACCUCUCAUUAACCAGCGCAUCCAUGACAUUAUCCACGAUAGUUGGGCGAAAGCAAUGCAAACCACCUUCGAAGCAUUGGAACGCGCACUACCAGAUGUUAGUUUGAGCACUUUGGACAUUUGGUCGGAAAAUGUAAGUGAUUUGCCGCCUAGUUUGGAGGUCGCCUUAUCCGAGGACCUCAAAGUUAAGAAAUUGUUGAUGAAAACAAAGGGUUACGAUGCAGCCACCAUCGCGCUAUGUGCCGAAUUCGACCGGCAAUUGGAAGGCAUUGUUUCUGAGAUGAAUGUGCUGUUGGAGGAGCAGGCGACACGUGCAGAAGAUAAGCUUGCGUUGAUAGUGUUUUUGCGUGAGACCGCCGAGGCGCAGUUGACACACUUUCUUAGCCGUAUAAAGAGCCUGCACCUCCUGCCGACUCAGCGUGGUGAACUCAUAUUCGUGGCACGUUGCUGUGUGGCACUGGUUGAGUUGUGCCCCAACUUGAAGGUUUGUUUCUGCCAGCGCAGCGGUUGGCGCCAGUGGGUAGGGAAUGUGGCCGCAAAUAGUGUAGAGCACUGGAAUCGAGUAUGCCUGUUGCUUGAGGAAGAAACGUUCAAAUUUUGGCAACAAAUUGUAGUGGGAGUACUGGAAGAAAACAACUGCGAAAAUGUGUUUCCUAGUGUUAUUACAAACGACAACGUUUUGGAGGAAUUCGCGAAUUGGGAAACUGUUAAGCUAGAGCAAAAAGACGAGCAAGAUGCCACCAUACACUCCACUUUUCGCAUUCCCAACCAACCGCGCAUAUCACUGCAGUCGUAUCUUUUUGCAUUGGUGCGCGCGCUAAACUCAAUAGUACCACAAACUCUGCCCACAAAAGUGCUGCACUACUACAACCAGCAACUGUUGGCACAAAUCCUACAGCACUACGAAAAAAUCACGCACGACAAGUCGGCGAUCAGCCAAAAUAUCGCUUUGCAACUGUAUUUCGAUUUAAAAUUUCUGCAAAGCUUAUUUGGCAUUACGCGUGACGACCGUGCACUGAACGAACAAUUCAGCAGUUUACAAAACACCUACAAGGACUUCAUUGAUCCCUUCGAUUUCGAGCUAUUCACCGAGCAUAUCUCGGCAAACAUCAAAAGGGCUGUGUCGCGCUUCAAUUGUCAAUUUGGUGUGUUGGCACCAUGGCUGCCGGCGCACAUGGCUCCCGUUGGAUCUGCGUUGCUAGGACACGACAAGGAUCCGAAUGUGUUGAGUUUAAGUUCGAGCGGAUCAACGUCGCUGUGGUUCCCAUUGUUGCCAAUUGUAACGCCAGUUCCCGCUGCUGGUGCAGAGCAGAAAAACACUAUUGCUCCGGAUAAUGAAAAGCCUACGCCAACACGUAAAGUUACUGCAACCACAAUAACAACAACGGCGAACACAGGAGGUAAAGGCAAAAGUGAUUCCAAAACGAAGUCCGGUGCUGCUUCUUUCUUUGGCGCUAUGUCACAGGAUUGGUUUCGAUAGUAAGCACCCACUGCGGCUGCGGCAUCAGACGCUGUUUGCUUUCAUUUGGCACUUGUAUUCAUAAUUGAACACGCAAAUAUGUAUUAUAGCGUACGGAGGUGUACAUACAUACACACAUAAGUUUAGCCCAAGAGUACGCAUUUGCAGAAGAAUCGUCGUUAGUCGGUAAAUACAAAUGUGAAGGGCCAAACGCCAGCAUCUCACCCAUCACCCCAGCGUACAUUUGUAUAUAAAUAAUUAAUUACUUAUAAGCCAGUCGCCUAUUUUGACGUUAAUUAUGUUAUUAAGCUAAUAUGUAAUAUUUCGUAAGUGUUGCACACCCCGCUGAAGAUUGUAAUGAAAGCCUAAAACUGAAAAUAAUGACCACAAAUAUAAAUGCGCUUACAUACACACA